CGCGAUAUUUCACUUGGCUCAAGGGGGGGCGCUGCAUCAUUCGUGGGGGAAGACAUGUUCACUGUUGCCUUGUUUUUAUUUUCAAUAAUAUCUACAGAAUUUUUUUGUAUACAAUUAUUUUUCUUACAUUGUUUUUAAUAUAAUUUGAUUUCAAUCAUCUCCGACGCCCCCCUGUCGGGUUGAGGAGGCGGAGUGGCUUGCUUGCCAAACCAGCAACAACCUACUUAGGCUAGCUGAUGUGGCUGGAGGCUAGCUAGCAGUCAGCAGAGGUCUGAAAUUACGGAAAUUGUCGCAAUCAUUUUGCUUGCUCUUCAAGGACAAACGUGUGUGUCUCAGUGAUGUGCCAUGGGGUAUGACGUCACCAGGUUCCAAGGGGAGGUGGAUGAAGACUUGCUGUGUCCCAUCUGCAGCAUGGUACUGGAGGAGCCAGUGCAGGCCCCACACUGUGAGCAUGCCUUCUGCAAUGCCUGUAUCACCCAGUGGUUCAAUCAACAGCAGAUCUGUCCUGUGGACCGCACGGUGGUGACACUGGCUCACCUCCGGCCCGUGCCCCGCAUCAUGCGCAACAUGCUCUCCAAACUCCAGAUUGCUUGUGACAAUGCUGGCUUCGGCUGCACAGCCACACUGCGGCUAGAUCAACUUCAGUCUCACCUGAAGGACUGUGAGCACAACCCCAAAAGGCCCAUCAACUGUGAGGAGGGCUGUGGGUUAGAGAUGCCAAAGGAUGAGAUGUGCAACCACAACUGCAUCAAGCACUUACGUGGCGUGGUACAGCAGCAGCAGACCAAGAUCUCUGAACUGGAGAAGAAUGCUGUAGAGCACAAGCAUCAGCUGGGGGAACAAAAACGGGACAUCCAGCUGCUAAAAGCCUACAUGAGAGCAAUACGCAGCGCCAACCCCAACAUGCAGAACCUGGAGGAGAGCAUUGAGUACAACGAGAUCCUGGAAUGGGUAAAUUCCCUCCAACCUGCGCGGGUGACACGCUGGGGUGGGAUGAUCUCCACACCAGACGCAGUUCUCCAGGCGGUCAUCAAGCGUUCACUCAUCGACAGCGGUUGUCCUCUGUCCAUCGUUAAUGAUCUGAUUGAGAAUGCCCACGAGCGCAACUGGCCGCAGGGCCUGGCCACACUGGAGACGCGGCAGAUGAACCGGCGUUACUACGAGAACUACGUUGCCAAGCGGAUCCCUGGGAAACAGGCGGUGGUCUUGAUGGCCUGUGAGAAUCAACACAUGGGAGAGGACAUGAUCCUAGAGCCUGGCCUGGUCAUGAUCUUUGCCCAUGGGGUGGAGGAGAUCUUAUAAGAACGCAAGGAGGGAAGGAGAUUUUAUAAGAAACUAGCCAACAUUAGGAGAAUGUCUCGUAUAGUUUGGCAGAGAGGAGUGCAGACAUUUAUGUCAGGGAUUUAUUCCUCUUAAAAAAUAUAAAAAAUACUCCUCUCUAAAAUCAUACAAAUUAUGGGUCUAUUUCUCGAUGGAAAAAAUAUAAAAAUACAUACUUAUCAGGUGCAGGACAGAUGAACGUAUCAAAAAUAAAAAAGAAAUGGUAUGCUCCCAUGGUGAUGUAAUCAGACCCUAAAGAAAGACAAUGUUUUGAUCCACGAAGAUCCAACUCAGAUCGAAACGUUGUCUUUUUUUGCGUCUGACUAAAUCAUCAUGGGAGCAUACCAGAGUGGCAGACAUCUUUUUUUUCCUUCUUCAAUUUCACAGUUGUUAUGUAAUUGUUUGUCGCUUGAAAGAUGAAUGUGAAAAGGGGUGGGGGUUAAGCAGAAUGGAAGAUCUGAAAGGAUCCUAAAAUGACCAGAAAAAGAGUAUUACUUACAUAUGAGCGUAAUAUCUUUGCCUUAAAAGGACAUUUCCAAAAAUACACCUCUUAAAAUAACAACUGAUAAUAACCAGGAUAUUCUAAGAUGGAAUGUUUACAAGAGUCACAUAAUGUGCUAUUAAAAGCUUUGUCUGAUCUAAGUUUCUCUAGAUUCCCCCAUCCUACGCCUUCUGUAGUGUAAAUAAAUGAGUAUAAAAAAUGAUGUAAAUACAAAUAUUAUAUUGAAAAAAUAUACACUCUAGCUAUUCUUCUUAUACAAUAAUUAGACAAUGUAAUUUUUGUCGGUUUCCAUCUGCGUUCACACAGGAAGCACAAUUCUGAUUUAUUUUCCCACUAAUUGGUCUUUUGGCCAAUCAGAUCUUUUCACAUCAGAUCAUUUUCAGAGCUGAUCUGAUUGGUCAAAUUUGUGAAAAAAGAUCAGAAUUGGACUAUCUGUAUAAACAUUGGCCAUGUGUUUCAGGAUGCUAGCUUUGGACAUGUUUUGCUCACUCCAGCAUUGUUUUUUUGUGAACAUGUCAUGAUGUUUAGCAUAUUUUUUUUGUGCCAUGCAGUUUAUUUAUUUAUUUGGAAGAAUAUGCUUGAAGAUGUUUUCGUGUUAUGUAAAUACAAUUAAGCUUAAGUCCUUUUGCUUCUGUUGUACAUAGUCAACAUCAAGUUGGGUCCAACUGACAUUAAACAUUUGGGGUGUAACAUUGUGUAGCCUAAUCUGUUUUAUUUCAAUCAAGAUUGAAGCUUUUUUUAUUUAUUUUUAUUUUACCAAACUUUUCUCUAAAGGCUUUUAAUAACUGAAUGAAACUAAAAUAACAAACAAAAAGGGACUUGAUCUAAAGACAUGGAGUAGAAAAAAAACAUCAAUGGUGGGAAAAGUACUCAAUUUUCAUACUUGAGUAAAUGUAAAUGCUAUACAUCAAAUUCCUUGUAUUAUUUAUGCAAACCAGAUGGCACUAUUUUCUUUAUUUUAUUUGAUUAUUUACGGACAGCCAGGUGCACACCAACACUCAUACGUCAUUUGCAAACGCAAUAUUUGUGUUUGGUGAGUCCGCCAGAUCAGAAGUAGUAGGAAUGACAGCUCGUUAUAUUGAUAGGUGUAUUAAUUACACCAUUUUUAUGUCCUGCCUCAGCAUUCAAAAUGUAGAGCGUACUUUUGGGUGUCAGGGAAAAUGUAUGAGAGUAUAAAGUACAUAUUUUCUUCAGAAAUGUAGUGGAGUAAAAGUUGUCCAAAAUAUAAAUAGUUAAGUACAUAUACACCAAAAAACAACUUGAGUAGUACUUCCAAGUAUUUUACUUCGUUACUUUACACCACUGACAAACAUUUGGAAAUUAACCUCAUGUUACUUUGUGUAACCAUAAUGUACAAACACGCCAAUUAAAUGAAGAUCAAUUUGGAUUGUGAAUCUUUUGUUCUGUAUUCUAUCUUUUGUUCCUGUCAUUCUGUCAUUUUUUUCUGUUUUGUGACAUUUUCUCUUUUGUGCGGUUGGGUGUAGAGACAAAAAUAAAAUUGCAAUUGUGAUGAUA